ACUUCCGGGUCAGGCCCUUCGCUCGCGCCCCCCUUGGCCUCAGCCAUGGCGAGUAGCAGCGGCGUCGGGGCGGCGGCGGCGAAUCUGAAUGCGGUGAGAGAGACCAUGGACGUUCUGCUUGAGAUUUCAAGAAUUUUGAAUACUGGAUUAGAUAUGGAAACUCUGUCUAUAUGUGUAAGGCUCUGUGAACAAGGAAUUAACCCCGAAGCUUUAUCAUCAGUUAUUAAGGAACUUCGCAAGGCCGCUGAAGCAUUAAAGGUUGCUGAAAAUAUGACAAGCUGACUUUCUGAAGAAAUCCUGGUGAGAUAUGUCAAGCUCUGCAAGAGGAUUGAAGAUUGCAUUGUAGUUAAGAAUGUACAAUGAAAUCACUGCAUGUAGCAAUGUGGAAACAUUGUCCUUUUUAAAAGAAUUAUAAAACCAUAGCUUUAUAAAUCAGUGGAAAGUGGCUUACGGAGAAAACUAUCAGUUGUGUUUACACCACAUCUUAUUUUUUUUUAACAGUUCUAAUGCUUUGGCACUGCUGUGUUCAUAUUUAUGUAUUCCUUAUUUAUAGCUCUGAUAGCUUUAAUUUUCUAAGCAGUCUGUCUAUCAGAUGUGCACAUCUGCUGUGCCUGGUUGAAGUAUAGUGGAACCCUUCAGUAGUAAUGUUGUAGUUAUGACUUGGUGACAUUUCCAUUAUAAACUUUAAUUUUGAAUUGUUUAUGCAGAAUAACUGUAGAUUUAUGUUGUAUUAGGCUGGAAGUUGACAAUUUCGGCUACCAGUUGUGGAUUUUGACUUAGAUUCAUUAUGCAUAUCAGAAUCUUGUUUUUUUAUAAGAGCAUGGAAAAACGUUUGUUGUAAACUGCUCUUUAACAAAGAAUAUUUAGUUUUUUUAAACAUAAAGUUUGACUAGCAGUUAAUAUUGUGAAGCAGAUCAUAUUUGUAUUGAU